AAACGAAAUUGCAGCAACGCAUUUCCGUUUUCCUCCGUUAAUUAAAAUAAGCCUUUUUUUUCCAGAAACCUUGUCUUUUUUUUUUGGUGAAAUUUCCUGCCGGCCAUGUCUGCUUCCGACACCAAUAAGUUGCUUGUCACAGAUCUCGCCGCCGCCGUACAACAAGUUCCUUCCAGGUACAUACGCCCCAUCUCCGACCGUCCAAAUUUCUCCGACGUCCAACAAUCGGACGGCUACUCUUUCUCCGUCAUUGACCUUAAUGGCCUCCACGGCCCCUCUCGCUCCGAUAUCGUUGACCAAAUUGGCCGUGCCUGUGAGCGUGACGGUUUCUUUCUGGUGAAAAACCAUGGAGUGUCGGAGGAGAUGAGCAAUGGAAUGAUGAGUUUAGCGAGGGAGUUUUUCCGGAUGCCGGAGGCCGAGAGACUGAAAAGCUAUUCCGAUGACCCGACAAAGAAGACGAGGCUGUCGACGAGUUUCAAUGUGAAGACAGAGAAGGUGGCAAAUUGGAGAGAUUUCUUAAGACUCCAUUGUUACCCUCUUCACCUUUAUGUCAAUGAAUGGCCUUCCAACCCUCCAUCCUUCAGAAAAGAAGUAGCUGAGUAUUGUACUAGUAUGAGACAAUUGACCUUAAAGCUACUAGAGGCAAUUUCUGAGAGCUUGGGCUUGCCAAAGGACUCCAUAGCCAACUCAAUUGGAAGCCAUGGCCAACAUAUGGCCUUGAACUAUUAUCCUCCAUGUCCACAGCCAGAGCUCACCUAUGGCUUGCCCUGCCACACUGACCCCAACCUCAUCACUCUCCUCCUCCAAGACCAAAUUCCCGGCCUCCAAGUCUACCACGAUGGCGCUUGGGUCGCCCUCAAUCCUAUCCCUGACACCUUCAUUGUCAACAUCGGCGACCAGAUGCAGGUGCUCAGUAAUGAUAGAUACAAGAGCGUGCUUCAUCGGGCUGUUGUGAACAAUGUAACCGAGCGAAUCUCAAUACCAACAUUUUAUUGUCCAUCGCCGGAGGCAAUGAUCGGGCCAGCAAAGGAGCUUAUUGACAGCGAACAUCGAGCUGUUUAUAGACACUUUACUUAUUCUGAAUAUUACAAGACGUUUUGGAGUGGAGAACUUGAUACUCGAAGAUGCUUAGAUUUGUUUAGAGUUGAAUGAUUUAGUCCAAUUGAUCAGAGUCAUUAGGCUAAUUUCAAAUUUACAAAAAUUUUCCCGUUAUGGGGUUUUUGGCCCUCAAGUUGGAUUGGGUUGAGUGGGUAAAAAAAAUCUACCCACCGUUUGGUUCACCAAUUAUUAAAGAUGCUUAUUACCUUGUUAUUCAUGUUAACUCACAUCGUUAUUUGCA